AUGAACAAUCAUGUGGUAGUUAAUGCUCCUCUGGAGUACUCCGACAGAGCUAGAAAUAGUAUUAAGAAGGCUUUACGUAACAAGAGAGUUAUUCCUGAUAAUAAUAAUAAUAACAAUGAUAAUAAUAAUACUUUACAUAAUAAUAGAAAUUUAGUGCCGAGUGGCUAUAAUAACGACGAUUUAAAUUCAAUUCAUUCAGAUAAUAAGAGUAUCUUUUCUGGAAAUUCCUCUUUUUCGAAUAAUUCCUCCUUUUCGAAUAAUUCAGUUUUUUCAAACAAUUCAUCAUAUUCACAGUUUUCAAGAGAGUCGUCUAUAGCAUCACAAUAUUCUGAAGAUGAAAAAUAUGUUCAUCCAAUACCUCAUUUCCCACAAUUUAUAACCACCCAAAUACCAUUACAAGAUGCACUACCGAAAUCAUUCUAUGAUAUGUAUUCUCCAGAAACGUUACUUUCAAAUCAUAAAUCUUUAUUGGAAAAUGGGAGACCUUCAUUCACUAAAAGAGAACUAUUAGAUUGGGACAUGAAUGACAUUAGAUCCUUAUUAAUUAUAGACAAAUUAAGACCUGAGUGGGGUAAUCAGUUACCAACUAUCAUUUCUCCACAAAAUGAAGUUUACAAUAACCCCAAUAGCUCUUAUUUACCAGAAUUUAGAUUCCAACUACUACCAUUAUCAUCAACGGAUGAAUUUAUAGUAGAAACUUUGGUGAAUUCAGAUAUUUAUAAAGAAAGUGAUUUGGAUUCCCAAUUUAAAUUAUCCUCGGCAAGAUAUACCGUUGCUCAAGCUAGAAAAAGGUAUGAAUCAGCUAAUCCUAAUUUACAACAAUCUACGUUAAUGCAUUUAUCCAAGCCGGAAUGGCGUAACAUUAUAGAAAACUAUUUAUUGAACAUGGCUGUAGAAGCCCAAUGUAGGUACGAUUUUAAACAAAAAUGUUCAGAAUAUAAAAAAUGGAAGCAACAUCAAAUGUCUUUACAACCUUCAGAAAGAGUUAAUCUAAAGAAACCUGAUAUGCCACCACCUUCUAUGAUACCACACAAUUUUAACAAUACUAAUACAGCUUCAUCCUUGCUAAAGAAAACUUUAAUGAAAAAUUUUAAUAAAAAACACAGUAGUGAAAGUUCAAGUCCGUUGCUACAAAACAACGAGAAUAAUCAACUAGACCAAAAAUCAGUUAAAAUAUCCUUAACAAAGGAAGAGAAAGCUAAUAUUUGGUCACAUUGUCAAGCUCAAGUCUACCAGAGAAUUGGCUUAAAUUGGAAACCAGAUUCAUUGGCGACCUAA